AUGCUGAAACUCGUAGUCUGCGUUUUGCUACCUCUUGCAAUUGUCGGGCAAUGCCCACCAAAUGCUGUUCUUGACACAACUUCAAGCUCAUGCCUUCAGUUCUAUCGUUCUCCUGUUAAUUUCGAUACUGCCGAAACAAUCUGUGCAUCUCAAUCCGGCCAUUUGGUGUCGGUUCAUAAUGCAAUUGACAACAGUUUCAUUGCAAGCAAUGCCAACCGAUUCUUCUCGAACAAAGCUUGGCUGGGUGCCAAAGCCAAUGCCGCUGACGUCACGAAUCCGUUGAAUUGGUAUUGGACUGACGGCUCGAAAUAUGACUACACUCACUAUAAAGUCGGAGAACCAAAAUCACAAGGCAGAACCUCGUGUCUUCAACUUGAAAUCGGAACAUCCUCGUGGUCAACAAAUGCUUGCAAUCAUACGCUUCCGUUCAUUUGCGCUUAUCCACAAAUCGUGCCACCAACUUGUCCGACGCCAGUUAUUCCGAGUCACUGCCCGAACGGAUACACUUGGUUUAGAGAAACCGAUUUCUGCUACAAGAAUACUGUCAAAUUCACAAAUUUCAACGAUGCUCGAAGCGCUUGCCAAGCUGACGGUGGCGAAUUGGCGUCAAUUCAUUCGCAAGCAGAAAACGAUUUGCUCGUCGAGUUUAGUAAGGCUGGAAUUACAAACAAAGAUAAACGAUGGAAUGAUCAAGUUUGGAUUGGGUUGAUUUAUCAAGAUCAGAAAUGGAUUUGGACUGAUGGAACCGCCGUCAAUUAUGUAAAUUGGGGAGAUGGUGAGCCAAACAAUAUGGAUAAGGAAUGGUGGACUGUGCUUGUCUCUGAUCCACACGAGUCGAAGAAUUCGGAAUAUUCUCGUUGGAACAAUAUUGCCCAAAUUGACGAGCGAGCGUUUUUAUGCAAGAUCCGUCCACUUCAUUAG